UUCCACUGAGAGAGGAGCGAGGUUCCUGUAGCUUUUCCGAAUUUGCCGUGACGCGCACUGUUGUCUAAUGUUUGUGUGCCCACUGUGACGAAGGAGAACUGAGGUGUGCGAAUAUAAUAUUUACCAUAAAGAAGCACUAUGGAUGAAGAGGAGCAGUUUGUAAACAUUGAUCUGAAUGAUGACAAUAUCUGCAGUGUCUGCAAGCUCGAGACGGAAACAGGGACCUUAUCUUUCUGCCACGUCUGCUUUGAGCUCAGCAUUGAAGGUGUCUCCACUGCUACUUUGUUACAUUCAAAAUCCCUGCGCGGCCACAGAGACUGCUUUGAGAAAUGUCAUCUCAUUGCCAACCAGAAGCUGUCACAAUCCAAGGGCUCCCGAAGUGCCUACGAGGGCCUGAAGCUGGCCCUCAGCCAGAAACUGAACCGCAUCAUCCAGUAUGCCCAGAACAAAGACUCUGUCUCCUCCAAUGGCCCUAGCAGACGGGGUUAUAGCCACCAGAGUGGCUGCAAGCAGCUCCCUCAGUCGGAUGCCCAGGUGCCCCGCUAUACCCCCCGCUGGGACACAGACAAAGCUCCAGGUCUUCCUGACUAUGCCAUGGGGAUGUUGGAGUGCCACACAGUGGAGGAGCUGGGCCUGCUACAGGAGUCACAGUCUGAUGCUUGGUCCAGUGACGGCAGGAAACGACUACAUAGCCAGAAUCAAUUGUCAGGAGGAGGACAGACAAAGCACAGACAGCAGGGCCACAGCAGAGAUGAAUUGUCUAAAAUGAGUGUGGAUGAGCUCCAUAAGCUGAAUGGCCAGCUACUGAAGCAGAUUCAAAAGGUCUUCGAGGAACUGACUGUGGCCGUGCAGGAGAAAGACUCAUUGGCAUCAGAGCUGCGCGUGCGUCACAUUGCCAUCGAGCAGCUGUUCAAAAACUGUGCCAAGCUGCCCUGGCUGCACAUUAGCAGGGCCGGGGUGAAGAGCAGCAGCAGCAGCAGCAGCAGCAGUCAUGUGGAGUGAGGAGAAGGUUGGGCUUCUGUCUCUGCUGCUGGGAGAGAGCCGUCAAACGCUUCAACAUGCUGGUUGCAGAGAGACUAAAAAAUGACUAUGUAUACUGAGUGACUUCUGCAACACUAUGAUCAUACUGAGUAGUUAAUUCUGCUUUGGAUCAGCAUUAAGGGCUGGGCUGACAUGGCCUCCAUUCUCAUGGUUGUGAUGAAUCAAGGAUUAGUGGCAUCAUGUGACCUGAUUUCCACCCACCCCAAAUACCCACAAUGCAUGUUAACAGCAGGUGGGCCUCAAAGUUUGCUGGCUUAGUGGACAUGGUCUGUAAAAAUACCUUUUAAGAUUUAUCACAAUACAGACUGAAAAACAGUUUGUCUACAUACAGUAAUUUUACAUAGAUGGGUGCUAUUUGUUUUUAUUUUCUUCUUUUAGUUUGCUGUCAUACAUUUCAGUUUUCAGUAUUCCAUUUCAGUUUUUUUGGAGAUACAUGUUCAGUUAUUUUGUUCUUCUCAUUAUGUCAAACAUGGGUUUUAACACUGCUUAAAGCUAUGUUAUUUAAUAAAAUGGUUAGCCAGGGAGAAGUAAGUUACAAUAUUUUCUAACAUGGUGAUUUCCAGAUGCUGACUAGUCUGUUUCCAUUUCAUUCACACCAUCAGCCACUGCCAGAAGUAAUGUUUGUUUUCUGCUCUCAUGUAAAGCGCUAACAAUGUUCAGGCUUCCUAUUGUAGCUGCACAGUGACAAUAUCAUGGCAUCAAAUGUGUUUUUUUUUUUUUUCAACUGGUCAAAUUGAUGUGAUAGCUGAUGAAAACAGUCACCUUCUGAAAUAUUAGCUGUUUUGUAAAUCAGAUAAAUGAGUAGUGGGCUUCAUAUGUUAGCCAAAUUUAAAAUACUUAAUAUACUAACAAUGUUUGCUACAUUUCCUUUAACUAAUAGAAAUGUUAUACAUGAAAAAUUAAAGAGAUCAAGUAUAAUCUGGUAAAAAGCUCGUGCAAGACAACAGCCCAAAGAACCCUGAAGCACCACUGCAACAAAGAUCAGAGUGUGAGCGUUAACAAGGCUAUACUAGUUGUGCAGGUUUUUGUUUGUGGGAGUUGUAAUAAUUUUUGGGAGUGUCCAUGAACCAAUAACUUUGUAACAGCUGGUUGGCAAGUGGAAAUAUCAGUUAAUAUAUCCCCUCCACAGCCUAAAGAUAAGAGGUACUUUAUUUUUAAUUCAACUUUUGCUUUAAAAUGGCCGUUUCUGGUGAGAUUUACUUGAUAUGUAGUACAGAACUGUUUGCUGUGUGUUGUAUAGCAGUCGAGCACAAGUCUUAUGUAUGGCUAUACACUGAAUGAGCACUAUUGGAAGAAGAAACAAAAGAAAUGCUGCCAAACCAAAGUUUGAAUUGGUUCUCUGUUUCACAUGUGAACUGCAAGCAUUUGACUUAGAUCAUAUUAGUGUAGGAAGAAGCAAUACCAAAGCGAAAUGUGAUUUAAUGAUUUGUAUGUUUGGUUCAGUGUGUAAUGAUGAACCAUAGAUUUUUAUGCUGAAGGUGUUGUUGUGGAAAUGGUUUGUUCUCAGUUUGUGUGAGAGCCCGAGUUGUUGUCACCUCAGUGCAAACAGGAUAGUUUGGUCUUCUGUACCCCCAGAGCUCCCUGCUUUUGGAACAAAAGAAGACAGAGGGAUGUAGGGGUGGUAAUAGCCUUCUGCUGUUUUGGUCAGUUUAUUUUUCAGGAACUCUAUGCAAGAAAGGGACAAUUCAGAAGCCUUGUAAGUAGAAAAUAUCUAAAAGAAUAUUGGCUUUCUGAGUUUCUCUGAGGAGGUCAGAGGUACUUGCAUAUAAUUAGCUGGGGAAAAAAGAUUAUAAUAAGAUUGAUGCUAUAAAAACAGCAUUGUCAGUGUAUCACUUUGCUCUCUCUUUAUAAGAGAUUAAAUAUAUUUGACCCUUUUAGGGUUUAAAAUAAAAAAAAUAUUUAGCUCCAUUUUAAACUUUUAUCUUAUUAUUUGGAUAGCAGUGUUUAGUGUGCUUGAACAUUUAAGAGUAUUCAGAUUUGGUUCCUUAAUGCAUAUCUUCAGUCUUCAGCCUGUUUGUUUUUUUUUCCUUCAUGAAUGCUGUGUGUUUUUGUGUACUGUGGAAACUUUUCUGGGCCUGUGCCUCUACUUAGCAGAAAAGUCAGACUGGCUGUUUUGGGCUCUCCAUCUCAUCUUUUACUGGAGAUGUAAACACCUGUUAAGAGUUCUGUUGUUUUCUAAUGUUGAACAAUGCUGUAUUUGUGCUGUUUUACAUUCUAUUUAUUGUGGAUGUUCAUAUGAACCUCACACAAGUUGUGAUUUGUGCUUUAAGUGACUUUUGUGUGUUUUUUUAAAUAAUAUUCCAA